AUGGCGAGCGGUACCAGCUCCAGCUCGUCGUCAUCUCGACCUCAGGCGCCUCGCGUCCAGGUCGGGUGGCACCAGUUCAUCCCAUUUCUCGGCUACCAUCAUGUCUUGAUGAUACUCAUCGCCGUCGCCAUCAUCCUCCUCUCCCUGCUCCUCGCCGGCUGCUCUUCCUCCUCGCCGCUCAUCCCUGACAUCUUCCUCCUCUCCCUCUACUACCAGCGCUACGAGGCCGUGCCCGACACCGCCCAGGUCGACUACAAUGUCCACACGGCCAUGGAGAACAUUGCCGGCGCCGCGAGCCUCCAGGCGCGCGUCGGCUACUUCGGCAUCUGCGUGAACCCCGACGGCGGCUCAUGGCUGUGCAGCAACAACGCGACGGCCCUGGCCAAGGAAGUGUCCGUGGACCAGGACCCCCUGAACCUCAUCUGGCUGGCUUCACAGUUCAAGGACAUGAUUGUCUUUCCGUACUUGAUCAUCAUCGCCAUCAUCUUCGCCUUUAUCUGUCUCCUUCUCCUCGCCACCUUCCCCGGCUGGCACGAGGAGGAAGACUCCGAGGGCUCCGAGCGCGAGGUCAAGCCGUUCCCCUCCCGACCCGUCUCGCAAGUCGCCCUCGCCAUCAUCUUCAUCGCCUCCAUCUUCAUCCUAGUGUCGGUGCUGUGGCAGCAUACCGCCUCCGUCGCCGCCUCCAUCAUCGCCCAAGACUUUGGCAACGGCGUCGUGAAGAGCGGUGUGGGUACCAGCGCCAUGGUCAUGGGAUGGUUCUCCUUCACCCUCCUCAUCAUCGUCACCAUAGGCCUACUCGUCAUGAUACUCAGCAUUAGCGUCCUUGGUCAGCUGAUGCGCGACUGA